AUGGAAGGCGGUAGCGAGUUGGUGAUUCGGUUACCGGGACGAUCCCAUUCCCCGGACAACAACGGCAACAGUAACUUUGGGUUAGGCGAGUUUGGCCAGACAAUGGUGUUAAGGCACAAAGAGGUUCACCACUUCUUCUUGGCCCCCUUCAGGGAGCAGCCGAUCUACAGCACACGGGCACAUGCGUUCCAGAUUGACCCCAACACCAAGAAGAACUGGGUGCCCACCAGUAAACACGCUGUCACUGUGUCCUACUUCUAUGACAGCACCCGCAACGUUUACCGCAUCAUCAGCCUCGACGGCACCAAGGCGAUAAUCAACAGCACCAUCAGCCCCAACAUGACCUUCACAAAGACGUCUCAGAAGUUUGGCCAGUGGGCCGACAGCAGAGCUAAUACUGUUUAUGGCUUGGGCUUCUCUACUGAACACCACCUGACCAAGUUUGCAGAGAAGUUUUCAGAGUAUAAGGAGGCAGCACGUCAGGCCAAGGGAAAAAGUCAAGAUGGAAAGAUGGAACUAGCCACCUCUCCCUCUCAGGAGUCGCCAGCAGGUGAACUCUCUUCACCUCUGACUCCUGUGACUCCUCCCGCCAUGGACAACAUCAACGGGACAGAUGACCCCUGUGACAUCACACCCGAGCCCCUGUUACCUAGCCAUCUUCUGUAUACCACCCCUACCUUAAGACAUUCCCCCUCCAUCAAUAAGCACUGGGAGGCAGAGCUAUCAGCUCUAAAGGGGAACAAUGCUAAGCUAACAGCCACUCUGCUGGAGUCCACAGCUAACGUAAAACAGUGGAAACAACAACUGGCUGCCUACCAGGAGGAGGCCGAGAGACUCCACAAACGGGUGACUGAGCUAGAGUGCCAGAACACCCAGACCCCUGUGAUCAAAUCCCAGAAGACGGAGCUAAACCAGACCAUUGAGGAACUGGAAAGCACUCUGAAGGAUAAAGAAGAGGAAAUGGAGCGGUUGAAAGAGGAAGUGGAGAACGCUAACGAGCUGCUAGAGCAGAGACACUCCUUGACACAGAAACUACAGGAGACAGAGUUGCAUGGGCGAGUGUUGGAGGAGCAGCUCCUGGGAGCUGAGCAGCGAUUGGAAGAAAGUCAGGAAGAGCAGGAGAACUUCAGGAAGAGCCUAAGGACCCUACUGGAGAUGCUGGAUGGGAAGAUAUUUGAGCUGACAGAGCUCAGGAACAGCUUGGCCAAGCUCAUAGAGGGCAGCUAGUUAAUCACACACUGGCCAACACACUGAAUUACACAUAGACAGACUGACCCCUACUGGCAGAGUCAGAGAACUACACACACAGAUACACCACAUGAUUGACAUGGCUCCUAUAGAGCUCACUGGCUCACAGCGCCCCUUAAUGUUAGACAUACAGAACAGCACUCUCACCUUCUGCCAGACCCAUAUAACAACAAUAUACACUGCUGCCAGACCCAUACAACAACAUAACCCAGUGCUGAUGACAUAGAACAGCACCCCUUAUUGGCUCCUAGGUGUAUUGUAACUGCACCCUCUCCUUCCAAAAUAACCUACUGCAGCUGCUGCCAC